AAAGCGUUUAUUACGUAUUAAAGAAAAAUUCAAUAGUUAAAUUAAUUUUUUUUUGCAAAAUUCAUGUCAAUUAUUUUGGCAAAUAAAAAGAUUACGCAAUAGUCCAACUUACGCAACAUGACGAGUACUGAAAAAACAACGGUAAGCAGUCCAAAUGAAGAGGAAGAAGUUAAACCACGAAAAGGAUUCGAUCCUGAGUGGGUAGAAAAGAACUCCCAACCGAAACGUUGGUACUAUCCGCGCGAAAAACGCGAAUUAACGCCAUGGCAGAAGCCGGGGCCCAUGGAACGGCGUGAUUGGGUGCGCUUUUAUCAUUGGGCUUCCAAAAACGCCAUUCCACGUGAACUGGAAGAGCCGAAGGAAGAAGAACCAACAGAAGAAGAAAUGAAGAAAAAAAAAAAGAAGAAAAAAUCUUUAGAUGAACUUUUAGAGUCCUUGGUGAAAUUAUGUAUACCCAAGAAUCCUCGCGAAAAAUAUGAGUAUCCAGAAGAAGAAGAUUUUCCUUACUCUCCAAAGAUCGAUCGUAAGCAACCAGCGCGAAAAGAUAAAGGCCGACCUUUUGAGCCACCAGAAGUUCCUGAAUGUUUUCAACAUAUUGAUAUUGAAAUAGACUUUUGGUCUACAUUACGAUUUCCAGUUCGACCAAGCGCUCAAAAUUAUAAAGCGUCGCCAACCAUUCUUAGGUUGGCACAACCACGUCAACCAUACAUAUACAACUUGCAUUGUCCACUGCCGGAACGAAAACGUGAUGUUGUGCCUGUUCGCACGAAAAUGACUAAACGCCAAUGGGUCGAGCACAUGCGCCGAUUGGAAUACUUAGCAAAACCACAAUUCCAUGCUGAGUUCGAAGAGAACAUGUAUUUGGACCCAUGUGCAUGCAUGUGUAACUAGCAUUUACUGCGAUAAGGCUAUUGAAAGUACCAAAUUCAACAUAAUGUUUAAUUGUUUAAUCUCGGUGCUUACUCCUUUUGAUAAAUGAUUCGUAAGUAGAUCUUACGCGCGCAAAUUCAUUUGUUAAAAAUUUGUAUCCGCUACAAGUACGGUUUAAAUUUUUCUGUACUCAUUCAGCGUAUCAAAAUUAAAGUAAAAAAA